AUGUUGUUCAAACUUGCAUGGCUCUUGCUGUGCGUGUUGCCUCUCGUGGCACUCUGCGCAGAGGACUAUUACAAGCUCCUCGGCAUCGAGAAGAGUGCAUCAGACCGCGAGCUCAAGAAGGCAUACCGAACACUUAGCAAGAAAUACCACCCCGAUAAGAACCCCGGCGACGAAACGUCACAAAAGAAAUUCGUCGAAAUCGCCGAAGCAUACGAAGCCCUUAUCGAACCCGAGACCCGCAAAAUCUACGAUCAAUACGGCCACGAAGGCCUCAAACAACACAAAGAAGGUGGAAACCGUCAAGGAGGAAACCCAUUCGACCUCUUCUCUCGCUUCUUCGGUGGUGGUGGCCACUUCGGUCAUGCUCCUGGUCAACGCAGAGGCCCUAACAUGGAAGUCCGCGUUGCAGUACCCCUUCGCGACUUCUACAACGGCGCAGAACACGAAAUCGCUCUGGAGAAACAGGCUAUUUGUUCAGCAUGUGAAGGCUCGGGAUCAGAAGAUGGCAAGACAGACACCUGCGGCAAGUGCAAGGGCCAUGGCAUGAUCAUUCAAAAAGCACAACUCGCUCCUGGAAUUUUCCAACAAAUGCAAAUGCAAUGCGACCAAUGCGGCGGAAAGGGAACAACCAUCCAACACAAAUGCAAGACCUGCGGAGGUUCUCGUCACGUCCGUGAAGUCGAGACCUUUACUGUGUCCAUCGAGAAGGGUAUGCCCAAGGGAGCAAGAAUCAACUACGAAAACGAAGGAGACGAAAGCCCGGAUUACAUUGCUGGAGACCUUAUCGUGCAGGUCAUCGAGAAGGACCCCGAAUUGGGCAAGGGAGAAGAGAAACACGAUCGCACAGAUGGCACAUUCUUCCGUCGCAAGGGCAAUGAUCUUUUCUGGCGCGAAGUGUUGAGUCUGCGGGAGGCAUGGUUGGGCGACUGGACUCGCAACCUCACACAUCUGGAUGGCCAUAUUGUCCAACUCUCACGCAAACGCGGUCAAGUCGUCCAACCAAACUCGGUCGAAGUCCUCAAAGACGAAGGCAUGCCAGUCUGGCGACACGAGGAUGGCCCUGAAUUCGGAAACCUCCACGUCGAAUACGUUGUCGUAUUACCGGAUCAAAUGGACAAGGCCAUGGAGAAAGACUUCUGGAACACAUGGGACAAGUGGAGGAAGAAGAGCGGUGUCGACCUGCAAAAAGAUGCCGGCAGACCUGUAGCUACUGCCGGUGCGGGACACGAUGAGCUGUAGUAUGAUCUUGUCUUCUUCAUCUAUCAUUCUUGGUCUGCUGUUGUUUGGAACUGAAUACAGCAUUGAAAUACCCCCUCUACCUUUUUCUACUAUCAUCGAAUUAGAACAUCAAUUUUACAUCUUGAUCAGACUAUCGUUGGUCUCUCACUGGUAGUGCGCUCGCAACGUUCGAGCUGAUGUAAUGCACAGUGUUGAUACAGAUGAUGCUGCUUGCCAUAGAGACAACGAUAUAGCGUAUCAGAAAUGUGUUCGCUAUCUCUCAUCACAGGUGUGGUCAGAACUAUAUCUGUGGAAAUGCAGCAGUGUAUUCGUUUCUCUCGAUCACAAGCAUGGAGUAAGUCAGAAAAGAAAUUCAGUAGUGAAUUCGUUGUUCUUAAUCGUUGAGACACGGAGGAAGU